AUGGACCGAAAGCGCAUGAGCAUCGGGAAUGUCACGGCCCCGAUUGUGGGGACCCGAUCGAGCGGCACCACGGAAAGGGAGGCCGGCAUCGCAGAGGUUUUUGAGCGCGCAAGAGAAGAGAAGACUAGAGCAGUUUAUGUGACAUCCAUCACCGACAGAGACCUCCAAGGCCGUCAGAGCUUUGCCGAGAAGGACAGGAUCGUCCUUGUUCCGCCAGGCAGCGAUGAACAGGAGAUGGAAGAUUGGGUAAGAGCAACGGUUGGAUAUGGCUGCAGAAAGGGCUUGAAGCCAGAGAGCCCUAACCAGGACAGUUUUUCCUUGGUUGUGGUGGAGAGUGAUUUUGCAAUGUACGGCGUUUAUGAUGGCCAUGGUCCAGCAGGUCAUGACUGCUCGGACCUGUCCUUGAGGAAGUUGUGCAGCGCCUUCUUGAACGACCCGGAUCGUGAAAAGGAUCCAGGGGCCGUCCUUACCAAGGUUUUCCUCGAAACUCAGGAGAUCCUGAUGAAGCAAGGACAGUUCGACACGAGCGGGACAACAUGUACGAUAGUGUAUCACGACAGGAAGUUGGACAAGCUGACCAUUGCGCAUGUUGGUGACAGCAGGAGUGUUCUUGGGAAAAAGAAAGAUGACGCAUCGCCGUGGGAGAGUCUGGAAUUGACAACAGAUCACAAACCAGACCUUCCAAAAGAAAAAGCUCGGAUAGAAAGCGCUACUCCUCCUGGUCGCGUGGUCUUUGACGGCUACUACAACCACCGCGUGUUUGCACAGAACGGCAUGUAUCCAGGUCUCAAUAUGUCGCGUGCGUUGGGCGACAUCGUUGCGCACAAAGAGGCCGGACUCACAGCCGAGCCAGACGUUUGUGUCAUUGACCUCAAAGCAGAGCGCGAGAAGUAUUCCAAGCUGGUCUUACUCGUUUGCACAGAUGGCGUUUGGGAGUUUAUUCUGAACAAAGAGGCCAUCGGAAUGGUACAGAAGUUUCCGGACUGCCAACAGGCAGUCGACAGACUGAUGAAGGAGAGUUGGGAUCGGUGGAUGAAAGACUCAGACAAUGAAAUUACUGACGAUAUCACGGCAAUGCUGGUGAACUUGUAG